GACUCAUUACCAGGGAGCCGCACAACCGGCUGCUGCUAGUCCACAACAAAGACAUUUACGCACGUUUGGCACCGAGAUAUGCUUUUAAAGCAAUCAUUUCCCACUUACUAAUAUCAGCACGGUCCCUUUUUAGGGCGGAAAACUGCAAACAAACAUCAUUCGGACACCAGCGUGACUUGGGGUUGAACUUGUCACCCCUUCCCACUGCUACAGUUGACGGAUCGAGGAGCAGCGGAAGUGAAAAUGGAAAACCUGCACCCACACUGCCUUAAAUGCAUCAACAGAAGAUGCAUGGUGAGACUGGACCCGGGCGUGUCCUGCGACCUUAUGGGCUGUCCUCUCGUCUGCGGGGCAGUUUUCCAUUCCUGCAAGCUGGACGAGCACCGUCUGUUGUGUCCGUACGAACGGCUGCCGUGCCUGAACAGCGGGUUCGGCUGCCCCUUCACCAUCGCCAGGAUAAAGAUGGCGAAACACCUUGAAACUUGCCCCGCGAGUAUCGUCUGCUGCACCAUGGAGUGGAACCGCUGGCCCGUGAGCUACGCCGACCACAAGUCCUACGAAAACCUAAGCAAAGAGUUCGACGAGGUGGAGCAGCUGGACAUGGCGUUGGCGUUGCAGGAUCAGAGGAUGCUGUUGGAGUCCCUGAAGGUCACGACCAUGGUGUCGAAGAACGGAGACAAAGAGGUGGACGAAGGUGAGAAGAUGGCCACGGCGUCGGGGCUGUCGGAGACGACGACGUUGGGCAACGGGACCGUGGAAAUGGAGGAAGAACCGUACGGCGACCAUUACAGGUCCGCGGUGGAGACGAGGAGAAAUUUAGCUGCUACGCUGGAGAUCCUGACCAAUUCCAACGACAUUGACGCAAUCGUUGAGGAUUUAAACGGCGGGAAUCCUAAAAACGGAGUUCUCCAUAAUGGAGAGAACGGAGAGGGGGAUGGUUUUUAUGCCGCCGAGGGCGUGAAGAAUGUAGAAAUGCACGAGAGCGACUCCGACUCGGAGUGUGAGCUGGGAGCGGUCGGCGGGGUCGAUUGCGCCGUGGGAACGGACGAAGACCCGAUCUGCUGGGCCGGAGAAAACAAGUUUGUCGAGUUGUUCUUCGACGAAAAGGAGGAAUCGAUCGAAGAGCCGAUAAACGAUCCCGCUCCCGUGUGGCCGGAGGCGCCGCAGAAUUACCUGCCAGUGGUCGCGGCGCUGGAGCCGGCCGCGCCUCCGCCGGCGCCGCUCGCACCCCCGGUGCCGUUCCUGCUGUCCGAUUCCGUGAGAAACAACUUCCUGCAGCACUUACCCACCGAGCUCAGGUACCGGUGUCUGGAGCGUAAGCUGCAGAACGUGGAGGUGCUCCGAGGGAUCAGCAUGUUUACAUUUAACGGCCGUCGGGCGCUGUUAUCGGACCCGAACCUGUUCCGAGCGAAGAUGGAAGACAAGGCGGUGGACACGUCGGACCUGGAGGUGGCGGACGACCCCAUGGGCCUCCACGGCAUCGACCUGAUCACGGCGGCGCUGCUCUUCUGCCUGGGCGACUCCCCGGGCGGGCGGGGGAUCUCCGACAGCCGCUUCGUGGACGGCUACCACAUCGACUUCGGCACGCAGACCUUCUCCUUCCCGUCGGCCAUCCUGGCCACCAACACCAUGGUGGGCGACAUCGCCUCGGCGUCGGCCUGCGACCACGCCAGCCCGCAGCUGUCCAACCCCAGCCCCUUCCACACGCUGCGGCUGGACCUGGUGCUGGAGUGCGUGGCCCGCUACCAGACCAAGCAGCGCUCCAUGUUUACCUUCGUGUGCGGCCAGCUGUUCCGCCGCGACGAGUUCUCGUCGCACUUCAAGAACGUGCACGGGGACAUCCACGCCGGGCUGAACGGCUGGAUGGAGCAGCGCUGCCCGCUGGCCUACUACGGCUGCACCUACUCCCAGCGCCGCUUCUGCCCGUCCGUCCAGGGCUUCCGGAUCAUCCACGACCGGCACCUGGGCUCGUUCGGGGUGCAGCCCGGUCUGCCCCCGAGGACCGGCGACGGCCUCCCGAGGAAGAGGCUAGCCGGUUGCCGGGGCGACCAGUUCAGCAGCCUCCCGUUCGAGGUGCUGCAGCACAUCGCCAGCUUCCUGGACAGUUUCAGCCUGUGCCAGCUGUCCCGGGCCUCCAGGACCAUGCGGGCCGUCUGCGCCAGCCUGCUGCAGAUGAGAGGCAUGGUGGUGCUGCUGUGGGAGAAGACGCGGCGCCACGACGGCUCGCCGUCCUGGCAGAUCACAGACAAGGUGUGGCGGUUCAGCACGGCCUUCGGCACGGUGAACGAGUGGAAGUUCGCCAACAUCGCCAGCAUGGCCGACCACCUGAAGAAGUGCAAGUUCAACACAAUCUCCCGCCGGGAGGAGGCCAUCCCGCUGCCGUGCAUGUGCUUCACCCGGGAACUCACGAAGGAGGGCCGGUGUUUACGCUCCGUCCUCAAGCCGGUGGCCUAAACCGCCCGCUCGGCUUCUGGACGGCUUUUUUUUUUAUUUUAACGACCAUAAAUGACUCUAACGGACAUGUUUUCCUCCAGUUUACAGAUUUUUACGCCUCAAAAAGAAAACUGGUGGAACGGUGACGACUGUUUUCUUCUUCUCGGUCCCAGACGGAGCCGGUUAGUGAUCCGGUUUGAGCCGAGACCGAUUAAUAUAAAUACCCCCCUCCCCCACUGAUGAUCCGUCGCCAUCUACUCCCACGUUGAGCUCUGCUGUUUUAUAUGAGCGUCGGGGGAAAACUGCACAAUAUUUGUUGAGAGGAACAUCUCUGCCGCGGUGAACCGGAUCUGUUCGCCAUUUUCGCGGUUUCACGUGCCGUGGCCGUGAAAUCGUAGAUUUUUAGAAACGUCCUAGGCUUUAAUCAUGAGUAAGAUUAUCGACCAAACAAUCGAUCACAACGUGAGCAUUUUCUUAGGGACGAUUCGAAUCGUGGACGUUGGGGUUCUGCUCUCCGGCGCAAGGAUGUUGAAGGCAUCGCGGUUACCAUAGCAACAAGGGUGGUCCACUGUUGUCUCUGCUCUCCGGCGCAAUUAAAGCGACGCCCGACCUUGUUAGUCCUCGUGGCGUUGACAUUUUUACUUUGACGUCUUUUUCUCCAGAAGUCGUAACUGUAGCAACCGGAAUGAGUGAAUGUGAAACGUCGGUGACGACGGCGGCGAGCGAUGGAGCGAGCAGGAAGCCGGGAUUCCUCUGCCGCGUCGGACCUCAUCAAACCCCGCCGGCCGGGUUGUUUGGGAACUACGACGGCCGCGCCGCCUCACUGCAGUUAGCCUCGCUGCUCAUAAUGUUCGUUAUUUAUCCUCGUUCUUGCCACUGCCCGCCCUCCGUGUUCGUACCGACGGCGUCUCAGGGUUACAGCGCGAAGCUCGGUCUCGGCGGAUUACGAGAACCAGCCGGCCGCGUCUUUUUUUGAUUAUUGUGGACUCUCCGAAACCGACUCAGUCUUAUCACUACACGAGCCGCAGCGCCGGGAUAACGAACGUCCCUCUGCGGCGCUCAGAACUAACGACGGCCGCGUCAAACAGAUCAGUCCGGCGUUUUGGAUAAAGAUGUAUUUUGUUCCUGUUUGAUAAAAAGGUUUUAAACAGAAACGGUUGAAAAAGGAACUUGUUUAAGGAAACUUUGAUGUUUGAGUGUGGGUUUUUCUGCUUUUUCUAUAACGUAUUUUUUUGGAGUUUGAUGUUAAACCCCAGCAGUAUCAAGACGAAGCUGUCUUUUUGUUCACUAGUCCCAAUUUUUGUUUUGUACUGGUACUUUUUAUCUGAAGAUGAAUCUGCCUCAGUUAGGUCUAGAUGUGAACUAUUGAUUUGCACAUGAAUGCAUGUACUGUAAAACGGAAAUCCUGAAGUCGAAGGUUUGUCUUUGCUUGAGUUGCAGGUAUUUUCUGGAGUUUGAGACUUAUAUUUAUCAGUCCAGACUGAUUUUUUUUGUUGUUUUUUCAACUUUAUGUCUCAGGCACCGUGUUUUGAUUAAGUGUAUUUGGACAUCAUUAUUUUUUUUGUGUGUGUUUUAAUCUCGUAGCACCAGGAAAGUGUGUUCAGAGUUAAAACGGUCAAAAGGACAAAGAUGAGGUUUUCAUCUGCAGAUCACCUCUUUGCAAUCGCAAGUGUGUCAACAUGUUUUAUCAGUAUUUUAUUUGUCACUCCUGUUGAAGUGUUUUUUUGUUUUUUUGUUUUUUUUUUCACCACAAAAUGCCAGCUUCACAUGUUUGACUUUUGAAGCAGUUUAAUAAAGACACUGAGUUUUUAACUCCUGUGUAUCAGCAGAGACGUCUGUGUUCAAUAAUAAAAAAAAAAGUGUAAUUGACAAGUUAUCAAGUAACAAAAUAAACAAUCUUACUUUCAGAAACACAAUCACACCAGAUAUUACAUGUAAAAGUUAUGAAAACUGGUCUGAUUAUCAUUGUUGUUUUUGUUGUAAAGGUCAGGUAAGAGUUAGGAAAUCUAAUCCAUUGAAGGUUUUCUCUCAUUAUCGUCUUCAUAUGAAGUUUACUGUCUCAAUUCUGGAUUCAAUUUGUUCAUUUGAAGGCAGCAAGUGCUUGUUUUUUAUGGAGGAUUUUUUGUUCCAAAAUUAAA